GUAGGUCUGGCUCUUGUAGUUGAAGGGGAAAUCGUGUUAGGGGUCAUGGGCUGCCCCAAUUGGGAAGGAGAAUUUUCCAAACAAUUAACUGCCAAAGGUUGCGCAGAUAGAACUAUUCUAUCGGGAUCAGGGAUUAUUAUGGUUGCACAUAUUGGUUGUGGAACAUGGACAAAGCGGUUAUCAGAUAUGCUGGGUGGUGGGGCUGACGUGCAUAAUGAUUGGGUCAGAUGCUUUGUGGAUAAAUGUCGCUUGGUUCAUGAGGCACGCUUUUGCAUUUCUGAUAGUCAAAAUUGGGAAUCAUUGCCGCUAUCCAGUUUGUUCAGCUCGACAAAUAAUGCUGUUAGUAUUGGGGAUAGACAAAUUCUCCUUUUACCAACAUGUUGUGGAAGCUUGUGUAAGUACUUAAUGGUGGCUUCUGGUAAGGCUUUGGUUUUCAUUCUUCAAGCAAGGGCUCAAACUAUUAUCAAGGCUUGGGAUCAUGCUGUUGGAGUUAUAUGUGUACAUGAAGCUGGUGGACAGGUUACUGACUGGAAAGGGAGUCAACUUGAUCUUGCAGCAGAUCAUAUCAAGUUGAGCGAAGGGUCAUCUUUCCUUCAGGUGGUGUGCUUGUGACAAAUGGUAACUUACAUAAACAGAUCUUGGAGAUCAUCUCUAUGAGUUCCUCUAUUGUUUGGUUUGACAGUUGUAAAUAUAUAUAUUUUUUAAAUUAUGAGAUAUGACUCUUACAACGAUGCUCUUUGAUUGCACUCAUAAGGACUCUACAAAUCCUCUUGAGAAUGUUGAUAUCAAAACCACCAUUUUUUGAGACA